CGAGGGGCCGGAGCGCAGCGGAGCCAUGCAGUACCCACACCCCGGGCCGGCGGCGGCGGCGGGCGCCGUGGGGGUGCCGCUGUACGCGCCCACGCCGCUGCUACAGCCGGCGCACCCGACGCCGUUCUACAUCGAGGACAUCCUGGGCCGCGGGCCCGCCGCGCCCACCCCCGCCCCCACGCUGCCGUCCCCCAACUCCUCCUUCACCAGCCUCGUGUCCUCCUACCGGACCCCGGUGUACGAGCCCACGCCGAUCCACCCCGCCUUCUCGCACCACUCCGCCGCCGCGCUGGCCGCCGCCUACGGACCCGGCGGCUUCGGGGGCCCUCUGUACCCCUUCCCGCGGACGGUGAACGACUACACGCACGCCCUGCUCCGCCACGACCCCCUGGGCAAACCCCUGCUCUGGAGCCCUUUCUUGCAGAGGCCUCUGCAUAAAAGGAAAGGCGGCCAGGUCAGGUUCUCCAACGACCAGACCAUCGAGUUGGAGAAGAAGUUUGAGACCCAGAAAUACCUCUCUCCGCCCGAGAGGAAGCGUCUGGCCAAGAUGCUGCAGCUCAGCGAGAGACAGGUUAAAACCUGGUUUCAGAAUCGACGCGCUAAAUGGAGAAGACUGAAACAGGAGAACCCUCAAAGCAAUAAAAAAGAAGAACUGGAAAAUUUGGACAAUCCCUGUGACCAGAGGCAAGACUUGCCCAGUGAGCAGAAUAAAGGUGCUUUGGAUAGCUCUCAAUGUUCACCCUCCCCUGCCUCCCAGGAAGACCUUGAAUCAGAGAUUUCAGAGGAUUCUGAUCAGGAAGUGGACAUUGAGGGCGAUAAAGGCUAUUUUAAUGCUGGAUGAUGAUCACUGACAUUGGCACAUUCAGAAAACUGGACUUUGGACUAACGUUUGCUACAGAAAAUCUCCGUAGACAUACUGAAAAGCUAUGAGAAAGGGAAUAAUUUUCUGGUAUUCUGGAAAUCUGAAAUAUUUAGUGGCUCGCUAAGCAGCAAACUUACACUGAAACCUUAAUUUUGACUUAAAUGGUUUAUGUACUGAUUGUAGGUUAUAUGAUGAAGGGACUCUUCACUGUUUAAAUUCCCCCCUUUUAAAGAAGUAAAUUUUUUUUCUAUUUAUAAAAAGCAAUUUUGAACAGUUUGUUAAAUUUUUAAGUUAUAACUAAAGAUUUUAAUAAGAUCUUCUUGAAUGACUUUUUAAUCUGUAUCUACAUCCCACUUAAUGGAAAAGCAAAAGGGCACCUCAGAUCCAGAGGUAUGCCUUGGUAAAGGGGCCCAUAUUUCAGGCAGCCUUGGAAUAUUUUAAAAGGAACUUCCUUUACUUUUUAUAUUGUAUUCUUAUACUGCCUUAAAUCCAAUAUGAUCUCAGAGCUCCUGUGUAGGGGAUGUGUGUGUGUUUUUGUUUUUGUUUUUUUGUCAGAGAGAUAUAGUUGAUAAGAAUCUUAAAUGCUUGUUUUGCACUAUCACUUAGUACCUUGUAUGACCAAGGUGUUAAGGGAAUAGUACAGGGCAAUUCAAGCAGAGAAACUGACUUGUCGGUGACUAAAAUUAAUCACAGAUGAACUGGAAGUAGCAGGUUAAUUAAAUGUAAGUAGACUGUAGAUAUUGUGUUUUAUAUCAAACUGUUUAUAAUGUGUGUAUAUAUAAUUGUUCACUGUAAAAAAAAAAUGACCAAAAUGGUGUUUUUUUAAAAUGAGUAACUUGUGUAUAAAAUAAACCCGUCAAUGGGACGACUGAC